UAGUUUAUUCACUUUCUCUCUCUAGCAAAUCUUUGCACCGAAAUACUACUCCUAAUUGGCAAGAACUCAUCUCCGGCAGCUCGUCAAGAGUUACAGCCAUGGAAAACGGGGACUACGAAGUACCUGAAAACGCCAACGAACAUUGCCCAGGAACACAGUCUGAAUCGGCUGGAAAAUCCGACGCUUGCGCUGGGUGCCCUAAUCAGGAAGCUUGUGCUACUGCUCCCAAAGGACCUGAUCCAGACUUGGUCACUAUCAUUGAAAGAAUGGCAACAGUUAAACACAAAAUACUAGUCUUGUCUGGAAAGGGUGGUGUUGGAAAGAGCACAGUUUCAGCCCAAUUAUCUUUUUCCCUGGCAGCUAUGGGUUUCCAGGUGGGCCUUCUCGAUAUCGAUAUAUGUGGUCCAAGCAUCCCAAAGAUGCUCGGUCUUGAAGGGCAAGAGAUCCACCAAAGUAACCUUGGAUGGUCCCCUGUUUAUGUCGAGUCCAACCUUGGGGUCAUGUCAAUCGGGUUCAUGCUUCCUCACCCUGACGAGGCUGUAAUAUGGAGAGGUCCUCGAAAGAAUGGAAUCAUCAAGCAAUUUCUGAAGGAUGUCUACUGGGGGGAUCUUGAUUUUCUUGUAGUUGAUGCACCACCUGGGACCUCGGAUGAGCAUAUUUCUAUCGUUCAGUUUCUCCAAGCAACUGGAAUAGAUGGAGCUAUAAUAGUUACUACUCCUCAGCAGGUUCCUCUGGAUCCUCAGCUAUGUAAAGCCGCUGAAGAAGGAAGGUCUUGCUUUGAUGACAGUAAAUGCAGCGUGAGCGCCCCUGCGUUGAAGACCAUCAUAGAGAAGUUGCUGUCGGAACUGAAGGUAUCAAGACCCGAAAUAAUGGAGGAUGGUGCUUAGUUGUACAACACAUUUCCUUCAAUAUAAACCAUGUCCUGCACUUUGAUGCUAAUCUCUAGUUAAAGUUAUUGUUCAUAACUCA